CUGCUCUUGUCACAAAAGCGCUGUCCACUUUUUUAGAUACUUACGCGACCGAUAGGGAAGCAAAGACAAGGAUCUUCUAUAUGAUCAAUGUCAAUUUGUUAUAGCUGCCUGCAAUGAAAUUGGUCGAGGACCUCCAGUAAAAAGAUCUGUACAUAGCUGAUACUUUACGCAGAACCCCGCGGAUCUUUUUCACGAUCUUGUAUCUCUCUUAUCAUCACAGAAAUUGAAAUUUGGAUUUCGUUCCACCAGCUACACGGACUUUUUUGUCAUUUUUGGAUGUAGUGCCUUUGUAUUGUUCUGCCCUAACGAGGACCCUAGAGGACCGAUCUGGAUGACGGGUAUGUUGAACAGCGAACACAUAGUAGGACAACAACAAAUCGUAUUGCGCUCACGAUGUACUACAGGAACAUAUUGAUAUUGGAAUUCAAAGCAAAAAUGAUAGCAUCGUGCUAGAACUAACAAUACUUUCUGUUUCACCCUUGGGAAGGACAAUUAUUGUCUCUUUCCUGUUAAUCGUAAAGUUCUUCAUAGCGUACCAUAGCAACAACACCAUGUACGGCAAUUUCAACAGUAAGGGCCCCCCCGGCGGGCCCCCCGGCGGGUAUCCUGGCUUUGGCAAUAACGGCGGCCCACCACCCGGUGGACCCCCAGCUGCACUCCCUGGCGGCGGCCCACCGAACAGCAAUCCCCCACUAUGCCGUGCAAAAGUAUCGCACUCGUGUAAAUGCAUUACAAAUUUCCUCAGCAUGAUGAGAAAUGAAAUUGUAAUGCUGAUUUACGUUAAGAAAAAUAUUUGUAAUGCAUGCUUGCGCUACGAGUACGAUACUUUUGCAGAGGAUACCCACCGAAUCCCUACAACAACCCGAAUUACAGCAACAUUAACGAAGCGACGAGUGCGGAGCAAGCAGCCCUCGCGGCGGCGAAUCGGUUCAUGCAAGCUCCCGGAGCAGGCGGACCGCCGGGCACUGCCGGGCAACAACAUCAUCAGCAGCCAAGCCCUCGCGACGGCCAACAACUGCAAAUCCCGCACCCGCAGGGCGGGGGGCCUCAUAUUAAUCCCCUCGUCGGAGUUCAGGGCUCUCCGCACAGCGCCGUCGGAGGCGGUGGUCCUGGUGUAGGACCACAUCCCCCCGGGAGGUCGCCGGCUUCCGGCCCCGCGGGCGGUGGUAUAAGUGGGCCCCCGCCGCGCGGACCCCCGCCGGGAACCUCGGCGAACGCCAUACCGCUGGGUGGUGGAGGUUCUGGGGGAGGCAACAUGAUGAUGCACCACGGUGGUCCUCCGGGCGGACCUCACGGGGCGGGCGGACCUCAUCAUGACGGGGUAGUACCAGCAGGAGGAGCUCCUUCUGGAGGACCUCCGCCACAUCACCAGCAAUUCUAUAACAACAGCGCCGGAGGAGGUGGAGGUCCUCCCGGAAGUGGUGGUCCACCAGGUGGUCCUCUCCCGGGAGCAGGUGGUCCACAAUCGCACCCAGGAGCUGCACCAGGUCCGCAGCAGCAGCAUCAUGGUGGAUACAACCAAGGUCCCCAACACCAGCAACAUGGAGCAGGUGGCACGAAUUUUUACCCACAGCACCACCAACAAUAUUCUGGCCCCGGCGGAAAGGGACCAACAUCAUUCGGGCAACACCAUCAGCAAGGUCACCAAGGUGCUGGGUCAAAUUAUCACCAACAGCAACACCAGAACAACCCAGAGAAUAUGAAUAGCAAGAUAUACCCUUGGACGACGCAAUCAAGGAACGAUGGGUCGAAAUAUUACUUUAAUCUCGAGACGGGGAAGGCACAGUGGCUGUGUCCGAAGGAACUGAUGAGCGAUAUGCAGUUGAAAAUCGCGAAAUUAACCCCGUGGCGAGAGUACUUACAUACUACCAAUGAAUCUUUUUCGUCGCACACGAUUUUUCUAUAAAAUAGAAAUGGAAGUUCAAGUUCUAGAAGUUGAAGUAGUUCCUUGUCCUUCGGAAUUUGUGUAGGAUACUGAAGAUUUUUUGCGCGCUGAAGAUGACGUAUGUCCAGCUUGCUGAGUCGUAGAUGGAACUUCAUAUAUACAUCAAAAACUUAUUCAGGAUGUCGCUUUGGGGCGAUCGUCUGUAUUACUACAAUUCCGAGACGAGAGUGACAUGUUGGCGAGAGCCGGAUGCCGUCAGGCGCAUUCGCGAUAUGCGUUGCAAAAGUAUCGUUGUACUCGUAUAAAUGCAUUACAAAUUUCCUCAGCAUGAGAAAUUGAAUUUGUACUGCUGAUUUGCUUUGACAAGAUGAUUUGUAAUGCAUGAUUGCUAUACGAGUACGAUACUUUUGCACAGGAUACGCGAGGGGAAGGACCCUUACGAGGGCAGCGACGACGGUACUUAAGUCAUCCUCAUCUUGUCAAGAUGUGCUUUAUGCAUCACAGAUACCUCUUGUCGUGCUCCUGCUAUUGCACUAGCUGCAUGACAGAGGCAGCGCUUGAAGUACUUAUAACAAGCAUCAUCUCUUUAGUGAUGCAUUUGUGCUGCGUAGUUGUAGUUCUUCAUCGAUUCUGCUUCUGCGUCACAAAUUGAAGAAGAGCGAAAAAAUAAAACACCAGCUCCUCUCGACGAGCCUUUGGUGCAGCAAGAGCGGCUUCGACUGUACACGCAGAAACUCGAGCGCACACUCGACGGCGACACUUCGUACCACUUUUCCUCCGUCGACAGUAUGGUGGAGAACAAGGUGAAAGUGAGAAAAAAGGGCCCCGCGUCGAAUUCCACCGCUUUAGCGACGAUCGAUGAGAACCAAGUGAACAUCCAGCCACAGAACAAGCAGAACCAGAACUUCCACAUUGAGGAGGUGGUGUUACUGCCGGAGGAGAAGCACCGGAAGCAGUGCUACGCGGAGUAUUUGCUGAAAAACCGGGUGUAUCCUGUGCAAAAGUAUCGUAGUCGUACUAAUUGCAAAUACGCAUGACAAAUUCCCUUCCUGAGGUAAAACAGCAUUACAAAUUCCACUUUCCUUCUUGCCAAAAUUUGUGAUGCAAUUACUUAUAUAUUAUAUUCAUGCGAAAAAAGAGGUAGACAGAGGGUAAACAAGAGGUGGCCGAGAGGUCAAAAAGAGGUCAAAAGAGGUAAAAAAGAGGUCGACAGAGGUGGAGAGGUGGCGCGGGACCCCUUUCGAGAGGGUCGGCGAGAGGGUGCGCGAGUAUAGCCCGCCGAAGGACCCACCUUAAGGCGGCGCCUAAGUGCCUCAGAGGGUGCAGAGAGGUCAAAAAGAGGGGGCGCGAGAGGUCGACAGAGGUCGAGAGAGGUGGCGCGAAUAAGGGCCAACCUCUCGCGCACCCUCUCGGCCACCUCUGGGCCACCUCUGUCGACCUCUACCCGCGAGUAUAGCCGGACUAUUAGCGGGGACCCCCAAAAGAGGUAAAAAAGAGGGUCUGCGAGAGGUCUGCGAGAGGGUAAAAACACAAAGUGGCUGGCGCGAAUCCGCAUGGUAGUGCUCAUAUUUAGCAUUGCAGGCUCUUCGCGGACGGCGUUUGUCCCCGCCACCCUCUCGCGCACCCUCUCGCGCCACCCUCUCGCGCCACCCUCUCGCGUCACCCUCUCGCGCCACCCUCUCGCGCCACCCUCUCGCGCUACCCUCUCGCGCACCCUCUCGCGCCACCCUCUCGCGCUACCCUCCCGCGCCGCCCUCCCACACUGAAGCCAUUGAAAAAGUAGCGAAGCCGGGGAAUGGGGCGGGGUUCGUGGUUCAUCUUGAUUAACGAAAGGCAUGCGUAGCGGAUUGGUGUGGCACCUAGGUGCGUCCUGUUCUGCCCCAGUGCUCGCGGUAGCUCCUCCCUGCGCAGAGCGCCCUUAGGCGCGAGAAGCGCGCAGAGAGUUCUGUGGGGGCAUGAGUAUGUAUGUCGCUGUGGUCCGGUCCGCAAGCAGUUCAGACCCGGCCAAACAGCCUUGCGCUCCGGCGGUAGCCGGAGCAUGGCUGGUUUAUACUAGUGCGAUACUUUUGCAAUGCACAGGGUGCAGCAGGAGGUCGAGGGCGAGGAGAGACGGAAAAACGCGGUCUUUCUACUCGGGAAGGAAAUGCGGAAAUACUUGGAGUGCUUGGAACGCGACGAACUUGAAACGGGGACGAACAUUGACGAAGUUCAGGUACAAUAACUUUUCGCUCACUACGUAUACUUUGAUGUGGUUGCACACCGUGCUCUGUACUACGUGAAUGUAGUACUAGUACCUAUGUCAGAUAAUUAUGCUAUACAUCAUCUAAACCCCAGGUCCAGUUUCUGGAGUUCGCAGAUCUAAAUCCGAUCGAUUUUCCGUCCUGGGACAACGUGAAGGACGUUUCCAAGGAGGAAAUUUUCGACCAGGCGUUCAACAAAUUCUUGCAAAAACGCGACAAACGCCAGCAAAAGCGGCAGCAAAUUCUCAUCCCCCAGUUCCACGCAUUCCUCUGUCAACACGAAAAGUUGACCGGCAGUUUGACCUGGGAGGAGGCGUUUCAGAUCAUCGAAAACGACGCGAAGGGAAGAAGAUUUGUGUCCGAGCUUGGGCAAUUGGAAUCGCUGAAAUUGUGGAAAAUCUUUUUGGAAAUGCAGAACAUGCUAUCACAGUGCACAACUCCCCCUCCCCCUCAUUUGUAUAGCAUGAACGGCAAUACAAGUGUCAGCAAGAAUGCAGGUCUUGCAUGACAAAUUUGCACAGGAGUGUAGUGCUAUUGGGCUGCCAGAACUUGUCAUGCAAAAAGUGCCAAGAGGCACAGGGUGGCGGAUUUGGUAUUUUGCAUUACAAAUGAGGGGGAGGGGGAGUUGUGCACUCUCAUACAUGCCGGGCGCCCGCGGCAUGCUCCACCCCGCGGUCCGGGAGGAUCGGUUGGCCCGGCAAAACUACCUGCAGUUGCUGCGGGAGCACGGCUUUCUCCCGUCGGAAGUCAUUCCGGACCCGAUGGAAUCCGAUUUGGCCAUGUCCAGCUGUUCCUCCGCGGAUGAGGGAGACAAUUCGGAUGUGAAUAGCCAGUUGUCCGGACACAAACCAGCCACCUCCGCAGGAGCGAUGGCAAAUAAUCCCAUUGUGCCGGGGACAAAUGUUCGCGUGACGCACACGACCGCAAACCCGACCUAUUCCCGGUUUUCCGCCGCCGUGGGAGGUGGUGGGAAGAGCACCAGCAAAGCCGGCGGCGCACCUCCCGCUGCGAAGACCACCUCUGCGAAGGCCAAGGCGGCGAAUCUCGCAAAACAUGGGACCACGAUGACAUCUUUCACGAAAAAUCAUCGACCGAAUAAAACCUCGUCGAAGCAAUCUGCGUUAACCCCAAAUUCAAAAGUGCACGCGUGGGAAGAGAAGCUCGACUUGGUGUCGAACUGCAACACAAUCUCCGAGUUGGAAAAGCAUUUGAAUAUUGAGCCGCGACAGGAGCUCGUGGACGACGGAGUCAACGGGGGAACAAACAUAUGCAAUGCAAAAGCAUCGUACUAGUAUGAAUUGCAUUACAAAUUUGCUCAGCAUGAAGAAUGCAACUCGUAAUGCUGUUUUACGUUUGGAAGAAGAGUUGUCAUGCAGAUUUGCAAUUAGUACGAGUACGAUACUUUUGCAGCGCAUAAAACACUCUCUCCGCGGCCGCUUCCUCCGCGAACGACGACGAUAACAAUCCGAGCGGCAGCAGUUCCGCCGCAACCAGCGGACCAGAAAUGAACAUGGCGAAUUUGGACAAUCUACACGACGACGUUGACAUGGUAUGAGAGUGCAAAACUCCGCCUCCCCCUCAUUUGUAUUGCAUGUACAGCAAUACAAGCGUUGGCAAGAGUGCGGGUUUUCCAUGACAAAUUCACCCAGGACGAUUGUAGUGCUGUUUGAUCUACCACAACCUGUCAUGCAAAAGGUGCGAAGGGGCAUCAAAGGGUGGAUUUGAUGGCUUGCAUGACAAAUGAGGGUGGAGUUGUAGUUGUGCACUGUCAUACACGGCCAACGUAGAGGAUGACCACCUUGAUCUCCAGCUAUGGUGUUCUCAAACGUUACAUUCUCAACUGUUACAUGAAUUUCUCAUGCAAAACAACCUUGAGCCGGUAGAUGAUCAAGCUGCUUCGCAUGACAAAUAUCCGAAGGGCUAAACAGCAUCUAAAUCGGUGCCAAAUCUGUGAUGCGAAAGCAGCAAGCUUGCACCUUUGACUGUUGCGGCUUUUGCAUCGCAAAUCCAUGUAACAGUUGAGAAUGUAACAGUUGAGAACACCAUACCAGCUGUCGCCCACCUCGAAGGCGAAAAAGUCCGUUGCGCUGAUGACCCACAAGCUGAUCGACACGCAGACGAGCGUGGAGAAGCGGAUCAUCGACAGCCGGCGGGCGUAUUUCAAGCAGGAAAUCUUGCCGAAAAUCCGGGAGGACAGCCGCUUCAAGAAGAUGGAGAAGAUUUUCCAGCAGCGCAACACGGUUUCCUCCGUCUCCUCCCCGGAGAACAUCUACGUGUUCCACGAGGAGCACAAGCUCUUCAUGCGGCAGCUGACGAAGUUGCAGAACCUGUGCAACAAGCGGCAGAAAAAGUUCGAGCACUACCGGGAGGCCGGGCGAGACUUUCUGAUGGAAAAGGUGUCGACGAUUGAAGAGCCGGGCAUGAUGAAGCCCGGGCUGACGCAAGUCCUGACCUGGUCGCAGAUCGCGGAACGGAGCAAGCGCCGGCGGUUUAUCAAGCAGAAACAAAGAGCGGUGCACAUCGACGACGACAUGAAAACGACUGAGAUGAUGUACCAAAACCAAGGCCAAGGUGUUGUACCUCCACAAGGCGCGGCUGGGGGUCCACCAAUGUUCUCCGCGUUUGGACAGGGAGAGCAGCGCAAAACCACUGAAGCAGGAGCGGCAGACGGGGUUCAUGACGAGUUCGUGGAGCAGCUCAGGAAAGCAAACUCUACCGGCCUGGAGAUGUCUCAUCAUCUGGAGUUACCCCUGCCGGACAUCCCACACCCGGUGCCAAAUCUGAUGACCGACAUGGGCAACCCGGGGGAGGAGACGGAGGCGAUGGUGCGGCCGAGCAGAAAAAAUAGCUCUAUGAUGAACAACGAGAACAAAACCUCCGUCCUUUCCUCAGCGGUGGGAGCAGCAUCAAACGCAGUUGCACCUGGCUCCUUGAACCCCAUCCCCGAGGGGUCGCAGGAGGACCAGGUUGAGGAAUUUUCUCCGGUGCACCGGGCCCUGCACCUGCCGAAGGUGAAACUGGACCCGAAGAGACGGAAAUCGGUCAAUUACAACGCGUUUUCACCCCAGAAAGGACCAGUGGAUAGUAUUAUUGGGAAAGCAGGGAGUAUAAUAGCAGGAGGAGGUUCGACGAAUGCAGCAGGAGAUAUACAGCCGCCUGGGGUCGUCAGUGGCACAGGAGCAGGAGAUGUUGGUGCGGUUUUGUCGGGGAACCUAGUUGGUGGAGAUGUUGGCGAGGACGACAGCGGCAACAUGGGCGAUGAAAAUGCGCGGGACAGCUUUGAGGACUUCAGAUUGGAGGGACCGAUGGGAGGAGCAGCAGCCACUGGAGUUGAAGAGAGGAAAAGAAACACGGAAGAGGAAGACGACGCAGAAAGGCUCAGUGUCGAGGAGAUUUCGUGAACAAUGUGACCAAGAGCAUGCGCGAGUGGACCACCAGUCGCGGUGGGAUUAGUAUUGACGGGGACGAACAAAUGGUUUUACUUUUGAGAAUACUAUGCUGUCGCGUUCUGCUCACUAAGAACGGAUUUACUCUUUUCUCAGGUGUUCCUGAAGAAUACUUUACUUUGAGCAUCUUCAGAUGAGCUUACUACAGUUCAGAUCUCAGCGUCAGUGUGUGACUCCCGAGGAAGAAAAACCAAAAUCCCUGAAAAACUAAGACUCCUGUUGUUGACAUAACCAAGUAGUUGAGUUCUAGUUCAUCCAGCAACAACAGCAACAAACAACAUUGCUGGUAGUGCCAUAAGCAGUCCUGCUCUACGCCGUGGUGUAGUGCGUAGCACAUGCUGUAGUUGAAUGCAGCUAGCGUCAUUCGCUGCAGCUCGUUUUUGUGUAGUCUUUUCUGUGUUCAACGAAUAAACGGC